GAAACUCAGCUGCUGACAUCAGGCUUUUAUUCUGAAAGUCUUGGCGCAGACCAGUAGCCGGAAGCAGAGAAGCUUCUGAACUGUUUGGACCGUCGGAGCUCCGAACUGACCUGAGGAACAGGUGCGACCAGAACACGGUCCGGUCCGCUGCCGUCAUGGCUUUGAUCUCACUGGAUGACCUGGAGGGAUUGGACGACGAGCAGCUGGAGGAUGACAUCACCGACAACACCGAGCCAAUGGGGGACGAGGAAGGCCUGCUGAGCCACUGGCAGGCGGUGGCCAGCACCCACCAGGUGUCUGUCCCUGCAGAAAUGACCGGGCCGAUCCAGGAAAUGACCCGGAACCGCCAGCAGAGGGAGCCGCUGCCCUUCGUCCUGAUCGCCCGCCAUGAGAAGAUGGGCGAGGUUCUGUACGAGGAGCGGCGGUACCCAGCCGGGUUCUGGGUGGGCUCACGGAGCGGCGAGGAUCUGUACGAACAGAGCAUCUCCCUCGCCUUCAUGAAGCUGAUGCGCUUCAUCUGCAAGGAGAACUCUGCAGGGCGCUACCUGGGCAUGACCGUACCUGUGGUCAGCAGCGUCCAGGUGAUAGAGGACGGCAAAACUUUUGAGAAGAGUGUGGAGACGGCUUUCUUUCUUCCCUCCGAGUUCCAGAGUAGCGCACCGCGCUCCCUCGAUCCCGACAUCAGCGUCACCUACCGGGAGCCAAUCAGAGUAAUUGCAAGGACGUUCUAUGGGACAACCACGGAGCAAACGGUGGGCUGGCAGAUACGCGUCCUGCGGGAACUGCUCGACCCCGGUGACCCCGGCGUCCACGGCGACCGCUACAUGGUCGCCGUGUACGACAACCCUGGAGCGCCGCAGCGCCGCAACGAGAUCUGGUUCAUCCGCAGAGAGCCGUAGGAUCCGCCCACAGAGCUCACCUUGUCGAUGGACCAAUCAGAACACUUUUUUGUAAACCGUUUCUGGUCAUUGGCUCACAUACAGGAAGUUUCCUCUGAUCGGUUGCUGCUGGAAGCAGCUCUAACUUCCUGCGCCCAGACAGUCUGACAUCACUUCCUUUUCUCCAAUAUUGUGAAGUCACUUCCUGAUUGAUGUUGGGUUCUACGUCCCUCCAACACAAUGACAUCACUUCCUGCUAGCAGCACGUUGCUUCUUGUCCUGUAAAUGAAAUACUCAAGUUUUUAUUGUUUUUACAUGUUAAAAUGUUUGGAGGCGAAGCCAAAUCCACGGAGCUCCACCUCUCUGAUGCAUUCAAUGUUUCUUCAUAAAAUCUGAAUUUUUGA